UGAAAUACAGAAGUUGGUUAGAGUACAGACUCGUUUAGUCUUUUCGGAUGUUUUAAAUAAAUUACGGAUUCUGCCACUUGCUCCGUUCUGCUAGUCUCUCUGUCACAGUUUUGGUCAGUUUCGUAUCGCUUCCCACUUCCAAAUUUCACACCGACCAGAAACCCUGCUUUCAUUUCUUUUCUAAAUAAAUAAUCCCCAAAUUAAACCCUAAUUUCUCCGAAUCGGAUCCCUCCGUUUCAAAUCCCUUUUCACAAUGCCCCCUUUCUAGUAUUCACAUUUAUGAUUCAUGUAUUUUUUUGUAGUUUUUUGCUGAUUUGAUCGGAGAGGCAUGAAGCGAGAGCUGAAUAGUGGAUUUGGGACUGAGUCUGAACCGGCGGGUUUAGUUGAUGUGACUGAGACGCAGUCUCUGACUCGGGAGUUGGCUCAACCGAGUUCGCAUGUCGUGAAAGUUGUCAAUGACGGUGAUAAAUUUGGAGUUAAUAAAGUUAAUGGUGUUAUUGUUUAUACUCGUGUGAAAAAGUUUCGUAGUAGUGAUUCUGAUGAAUUGUUGGAGAAUAAUGUUAAUAGUCAGAAAAUUAAGGGCUUUCAAGAGCUCAAAACGGAUGUGGAUCAAAGUAAUCUAGUGGCGGAAGAUGUAAUUGAUGAGAGUAGAGUAGUUGAAACUGUAUUGGAAGAAAAUUCUGUGGUAAAAAUUGUAGUUGAGACGAGUCAACUGGUUGACAUGGUAAAUGUUAGUGAAGUUAAUUGCGGUUUGGAUGUGCCUAUGUCCAAGGAAGAACUGAUUAGUGAAUCAGAGCGUAAGGGAGACUGCAGUGACGGGACUCCAUUUGCUGUAAGUGAGAUCAGUAGUGUGAAGAAUGGUUUGAGAAAAAAGUCGAAGAAGUGGCUUAUGCAAUCAGAGUUGAAGCAAAAGGGGGAGACUGUUGAAGUUUUGGUUACUCAAUCAGAAGGGUUCCAAAAUGGAACAAUGUCCUUAAUAGAAGUUGAGCCAAUAGCUGAAGGAAGUGCAUUGUCAAAUCCCAAAAAGAACAUGGAAUUGAAAAUGUCCAAGAAGAUUGUUCUGAAUAAGAAGCCAAUGACCGUCACAGAGCUUUUUGAGACCGGUUUGCUUGAUGGUGUAACAGUUGUUUACAUGGGUGGCAUUAAGUUUCGGGCAUCUGGUCUUCGAGGCACAAUCAGAGAUGGAGGGAUUCUAUGUUCAUGUUCUUUGUGCAAUGGAUGCAGAGUCAUUCCACCAUCCAAAUUUGAGAUUCAUGCUUGUAAACAGUAUAGACGCGCCUCACAAUAUAUUUGUUUUGAGAAUGGGAAGAGCCUUCUUGAGGUGUUGAGGGCAUGCAGAAGCGUUCCUCUUCCCAUGCUAGAAUCAACGCUGCAGAGUGCUCUUAGUUCUUCACCAGAAGAAAAAUCAUUCUCCUGUGUGAGAUGCAAGGGAACCUUUCCUAUAACUUGUGUUGGGAAAAUAGGGCCUGGGCCUCUAUGCAAUGCAUGCGCGAGGUCAAAAAAAACUCAGGCCAGCGAGACUUAUGUAAUGGGCAGAAUAGCAAGGUCAUCAGAACUGGAUCUGGUCUCAAACUUUACACCAAGUGCUUCAGUGUGUAUCACUUCACAGAAUAAGCGUCAGAGAAAAAAAUCAAGAAAAUUGUUAGAAGCAGAUUUGUACUUAAAGUCAUCCUCCAAAAGUGCUUCAAUGUCUAAGCUUUUAAAAAAUAAGAGGCCAUGGGAGCUAACAAGAAAGUCAUCAAGACCAGGCUUGAUCACAAAGUCAUCCAUGAGUGCUUCAGUGCAUGCAUCUCCGCUAAAUAAGCAUCCAAGGAAGAUAAUUAAAAAGUCAAGAAAAUCAAUGGUGAUCUCAAAUCCCUUCCAGAGUCCUUUGGCUGCCAGUUCCUUCCCUGAUACGAGUCAAUGGCAGAUAACAACCAAACACCAGGGGUUGCAUAAAUUGGUUUUCGAGGAUAGAGGAUUGCCAGAUGGAACGGAUUUAGGGUAUAAUGCAUGUGGACAGAAAUUGCUUGAGGGUUAUAAGAAUGGCUCUGCAAUAAUUUGUUGUUGCUGCAAUUGUGAGGCCAGCUCCUCACAAUUUGAAGCUCACGCAGAUGGUGGGAAUCUUUUGCUUUGUGAUGGAUGCCCGAGGGCCUUUCAUAAAGAAUGUGCAUCUCUGUCAAGCAUUCCUCAAGGUGAUUGGUACUGCAACUAUUGCCAGAGUACAUUUGGGAGAGAAAAGGUUGUGGCACAUAAUGCCAAUGCUGUUGCAGCUGGAAGGAUUUCUGGAAUUGAUCCUAUUGAUCAGAUAGCCAAGAGAUGUAUUCAAAUUGUCAAAAAUGUAGAAGCGGAACUUAGUGGAUGUGUGCUAUGCAGAGCUUGUGAUUUUAGCAAAUCAGGAUUUGGUCCACGCACAAUUUUACUCUGUGAUCAGUGUGAGAAAGAAUUUCAUGUUGGGUGUUUGAAAAAGCAUAAAAUGGCAGAUUUAAGGGAACUGCCAGAAGGGAAGUGGUUUUGCUGCAUGGAUUGCAGUUGGAUCAAUUCUGUUUUGCAGAACUUAUUGGUUCAGGAAGCUGAAAAGCUCUCUGAUUCUGAUUUGAAUGCUGUGAAGAAGAAGUAUUCAGAAAAAGGUGUUCAUAUUGAUAGUAAUAUUGAUGUAAGAUGGAGGCUUCUAAGUGGAAAAGCUACAACUCCUGAAACUCGGUUCUUGCUUUCACAAGCUGUUGCAAUCUUCCAUGAUUGCUUUGACCCUAUAGUUGAUUCACUAAGCGGACAUGACCUUAUUCCAUCCAUGGUUUAUGGAAGGAAUUUAAGGGGUCAAGAAUUUGGGGGGAUGUAUUGUGCGGUACUGACUGUCAAUUCAUCUGUUGUAUCAGCUGGAAUACUACGAGUUUUUGGUCAAGAAGUUGCAGAGCUUCCUUUGGUUGCGACAAGUAAAGUAAAUCAUGGCAAGGGCUAUUUUCAAUUAUUGUUCACCUGCAUUGAGAAGCUGUUAGCAUUCUUGCACGUGAAGACCAUUGUUCUCCCAGCUGUCAAAGAAGCAGAAUCCAUAUGGACUGAUAAAUUUGGUUUCAAGUAUAUAGAUUCAGAAAAGCUUAGUAUGUUCCGAAAAAGUUGCUCCCAGAUGGUGACCUUUAAAGGAACAUCCAUGCUACAGAAAGCAGUUUCGGUGUGUGGAAUUGUUAGUAGUACUGAGUCUGCAGAAUGCAUUAGUGGAGUUGAAGUGGAAUGAAGCCCCAAUUUUGGGGUGAAGGGGACUUGAUUUCAUUGUAGUUUUUUAAAAUGUAUGUAUAUUAUAACUUUAGAUAUUUGGCGUAGUAUGUAAAUGUGAAAGUUCAUUUUAAUUUGUUCAUCUGCCAUUACCAAUUUAGCUGCAGUUGGCUUCUAUUCA